GGCCCGUAUAUAUGUCUGCUAGCGUAAAAGCGGUCACACUUUUCGCUUGUCAUCAGUAGCUCCCAAGACUUCAAACAUGGAUUUAAAAGUGUUGGCUGUAGUCUGCUUGCUCGUGUUCUCUACGUUCUUCCUCGAUGUCAGUGCUCAAAGAGAUGGCCGAAGGAGAUCAGGAAGACGAAAGCCAACGACUGAAGCACCUAAAGAGGCCAUGGAGGAGCCAGAAAGCGAAGCUAGUCCCCAAAAUGUGGAUAUUGCACCUGAACCGUUGGCGAAGCCUACACAUUCUCAACCAGCAGAGUCCUUGGACUCCCUUUCGACUGAGAAGGAAUCAACGAAUCCCACAUCUGGCGGACCGCCUUUCAUCGUCCCAAGAGGUACCAGAAAGCCACGACCCAUGCAGGUGCGUAACAAUGGUGAAGCUAGGCCAAAGCCAACUCUACCGACGUUUUCCAGGAAGAACAACAGGCGGCCAAAACCAGAACGCCAUGAUUUUAAGAAACUGGAGGAGAACACCCCGUCAUCUGUGCCAACCUCAACAACGACGGCCAAGCCCUCCAGAAACUCUUCCAGACGACGAGGUGGUCACUCGUCCCAAUCCGAUAGAAAUUCCAAUUUAAAUCGCGAUUCUCAAGUUCCUGCCCCAUCAUCAUCCUCUGAAGCGGCUCCAAAAAAGAGAUUUGGUGGUGCCACUCGAAAGUCGUCUCGAGGAAGCCGAAGAAGUACAACUGUUCCCAGCGUAGAAUAAACUGAAUUUUUUCAUUCAUUGAAAAACGAAGGAGAUUUUCAAUUCGGAAUUUAACGAACUUUUAUCUAAAGAAUAUACAGUCGAACCUCCAUAUAUCGAACUUCUAUAUAUCGAAAUUUUCUAUUAAUCGAAAUCCCAACAAAUUUAUAUAUUCAUUACAUAGAAAAACUGUUUCUAUAUAUCGAAAAAAUCUCUGUAUAUCGAUUUUUUUUCGAGACAUUCGUAGUUUUUUUUUUCCCACUUAUAGACUGUGUCUCAUGAAAAAUGAAGGUUAGAGGAGAAAAUUAAGUUUACUAAAGGUUGCUACGGAAUUCAUAAUGAAUCUGGGGUUGAAGGGUGUGUAGUUAAGUCGUUGUUCCGUUCUGAAGUUCUUAAAUUCUCUCAAGUUGAUUUUAAAUCUCAACCAGUAACAUUGUAAAAUCAUUUUCAAAUUAUUCCUUUUGUCUGUUGAUUAUCAUUCCUAGUCUUCUUAGCUUCAGUAAAAAUAAUUCAAGUAAAUUGAUUUUUUUACUUUUCUCUCGAUCACAUUGUUAAAACGAAAAUCCCCUCAUGUUGCUAUCAAGUUGAAUUGCCGAAGAAUAUGAAGAUGUAUGUUGGCGUAAAAAUGUAAUUUCUGUUAAUUUUUUAAGCUUUCAUUUAAUCCGAUGCUCGUAUAAAUUAUAAAUAAAGUUUCA